CUUCUUCUCACAUAAAACUGCAACUUUCUUUCUUACUUACCUGAGUUUCUUUGCUAGAAUUCAGUGUCUUCUUUUCAUCUGACUCUGUAAGCUACGAAGCGAUUGAAAUUCCAUAAUCAUCUUCAAAGAAGCACAGUGUAAGAUUUUGCUCUGAAAUGGAUUAUGAACCACCAUUCCUUGAGACCUACAAGAGCCUUGUGCAGAAACACCUAGGGGAUUCAAGGAAUAAUAAUGACUACUGCAGCUCUACAGUAGAGAGAUGUGAUAUACCUUUGAUCGACCUUGGGAGGUUAAGUGUUGAGAGAGAGGAAUGCAUGAGAGAAAUUGCAGAAGCUGCAAGAGAAUGGGGUUUCUUUCAAGUUGUGAAUCAUGGUAUUCCACAGGAGCUGCUCAAGAGCAUGCAGAUUGACCAAAAGAAAGUGUUCUAUCAACCUUUUGUGAACAAGUCAACACAGCAAGCUAUUUUCUCUACCUUAUCUGCCAAAGCUUAUAGGUGGGGGAAUCCAUUUGCCACCAAUCUCAGACAACUGUCAUGGUCAGAAGCCCUUCACUUUUAUGUCACUGACAUCUCAAAGAUGGACCAACAUGAAACUCUCAGAUCAAACCUUGAAGGUUUUGCAACAAGCAUGUUCUCCCUUGCACAGAGCUUGUCUGAAAUACUAGCCUGCAAAUUGAAUGCGAAAUCGAACUAUUUUCGAGAGCAUUGCUGGCCAAAGAGUUCAUUCAUUCGAUUGAAUAGAUAUCCUCCAUGCCCUAUAUCAAAGAUGCAUGGCUUGAUACCUCACUGUGACACUAGUUUUCUCACCAUCGUACAUCAAGACCAUGUUGGGGGAUUGCAAUUGAUGAAAGAUGGAAAAUGGGUUGCUGUUAAGCCUAAUCCACAUGCUCUGGUCGUUAACAUUGGUGACUUGUUUCAGGCCUGGAGCAAUGGUGUUUAUAAAAGCAUAAAACACAGAGUAGUUGCUGCAGAGAGUGCUGAGAGGUUUUCUAUGGCAUUUUUCUAUUGUCCCUUGGAGGAAGCAGUUAUAAAAAGCCACAUGAGGCCAACUGUGUACAGAAAAUUCACUUUUAAGGAGUAUAAAGAACAGACUGAGAAAGAUAUUAAGCAAACUGGGGGAAAAGUGGGGCUCUCCAGAUUUCUUCUGUAG